ACACAAGCAGCAACAUCACUGAUCGCCGUGCAGCCUGGUACGUACCACACACACACACACACAUACAGAAGAAGAACGUACCUUGCGCUACAACCCCGUCGCCGCCGACUACGCCGAUCGUGUCCACGGGAACCAAGCAAAGCAAAGCAAGCGACGCAUCGGAAGAAGCCGGAGACCGACCGACCGACCGAGCUACCUAGCUACAGCUCAUCAGCCCAUGGUGAAGACGGCGACGGCGACGGCGGCGGCGAGGCACGGCGGCGCUCAUAAGAGGACGUACAAGGGCGUGCGGAUGCGGAGCUGGGGCUCCUGGGUGUCGGAGGUGCGGGCGCCGGGCCAGAAGACGAGGAUCUGGCUCGGCUCCCACUCCACCGCCGAGGCCGCGGCGCGCGCCUACGACGCCGCGCUGCUCUGCCUCAGGGGCUCGGCGGCCGCGCCGGACCUCAACUUCCCGCCCCGCCGCCCGCUCGCCGACGGCCUCCACCCGCUGCCCCCCGCCGCCAUGUCGCCCAAGGCCAUCCAGCGCGUGGCCGCCGCCGCCGCGGCCUGCUGCGCUCCUCAGAGUAACGGCAUUGGCAGUGCCUGCUGCGCCGCGCCCUGCGCUCCUCCGAGUAAUGGCAUUGGCAGCGCCUGCGGCCACGCCGAGACCGCCCCGGCGUUGAGCGGCAGCCCGCCCUCCAGCGACAGCGACGUCUCCUCCCCGGAGGCGGGGUCCACCGCCAGCAGCGACGGCGAGCUGGCCCGCUACGGCGACGGCGACGGCGACGGCGGCGUCAGCGUGGACUACGGCUCGCUCGCCGACAUCGACGCCUUCUUCCAGUCGCCCAAGUGCAUGGACGACGACCACUACUACUACGCAGCGCUCAUGGACCCCUGCGGCGCCUUCUUCGCGCCGGCGCCAUCGGUUGCGGCGGACGACGACGCAGCAGCCGCCGCCGGAUGCUGGGAGGACGGCGACGGCAUUGCGCUCUGGAGCUUCAGCUUCCCCGCUCUGGACUGCUGAGCUGAAGCGGCGCAGAUUCCGCUACUACUGACGAUUGACGACUAAUCGCCGGUCAAGCGAUGGAAACCGCUUUAUUUGCUUCAUCGACGGCACAGGUUUCCGCAUACAUGAUAAAUUUACCCAAUUUAAUUCGAUGUAUGUAAACAUUCUUAAUAAGCUGAUUGUUAAGCGUUGUAGUGGUGGGGAGCUCUCAUGGCUGAAGCUGCAUGUUUUAAGGUAGCUUUUUCCAUGGAGUUAACCUCUUUGCUAUUGCUUGUCUAUGAGUAAACAAAAAAAAAAACAGUUUUAUUGCCAGCA